AUUCAUCCACUCAUUCCAAUAUGGCUGCGCCCAAAACAGAGCCCGCGGUGCACCUCUCUGCCCGAUUCGAAGGUAGCUUUGCCUAUAAAACUGUGAAAGAUCGACUUCCAGUGAUUUUAACAAAAGUUAUCGACCACUUAAGUAGGAAAGCAUCAUACAUCGAAAGCAGCCAUGGACCUACAGGUCGUGAAGAGGUCAAACAAACCAUUGGUCGUCUCUCGAAGCUCCGCAAUGAACUACAGACCAAUAAAGACUACGUGCCAUUGGAAGAUUCGUUUAAAGAUGUCUCCGUUUGGAACUCGCAUCUAGCACAAGAAUCAUUGCCAAGAUGGUUUGAUGGAAUUUGGCUAAUGGCUGAAUGCUAUUUUUAUAGAAGAAUAUUCGAAUCCUUUCAGAUGACAAGUAAACUUAAGACGUAUGAUUACUUUGGUGAGCAGAAGGAGACUGCCUUAGAAACCUCGAUGCUGGCUGUCAAUGCUCUAACAGGAACGUUGUCUGCGUCCACGGUGUGUCUCUCGCAGCUGAUUGAAGUUUCCCUUUGGGGCAAUAAAUGUGACCUUUCAUUUACUGCCGGAAAACCAACUUCACAAAAAGCAAACCCAAUUUCAACGCUAGAGACACUACGACCAAACAUCCUUCAAGAUGAUACCGUCGAACUUAUCGAAUACAUUUAUUCUAAAAAAAAACUCAAGGUUAGUUUUGUACUGGACAACGCUGCCUUCGAGCUCAUAACGGACCUAGUUUUAAUGGAUUAUAUGAUGACACAUGGUUUAGCUUCUCAAAUUUGUAUCUACGUAAAGAUGAUGCCAUGGUUUGUGUCUGACGCCCUUGGUCACGACGUUUCUUAUGUGAUUGACCGUCUAGAACAGUCUGAUUCUGCAUCGACCGCAUCAUUAGGCCAACGGUGCCGAGAACAUAUCGCCUCUAAGCAGUGGACGAUAGAAGAACGCACUUAUUGGACUCUUCCAUUUGACUACGCUGAUAUGUCGCAUAGGGAUCCCCAACUUUACGAUGAGCUUGCUCAUUCAGACCUGAUUAUAUUUAAAGGCGAUCUUAAUUAUCGUAAACUGGUAGGAGACCGCGCGUGGAAGCCCACAACAAAAUUCAGGAUUUCGUUAAUGGGAUUUGAACCCGCGCCACUCGUUACAUUGCGAACAAUCAAGACGGAUACCGUUACUGGUUUAGCCGAAGGAGUUGCCGAAGUCGAGGAAAAAAAGUGUGCCGAAUGGAUGGUAUCAAGUGAAUUCGCGGUCGUGGAGUUCGUCAAUCCGCGCUCGUAAAGCUUAUGGAUGCCUAAUCCAAUAAGCGACCAUGUAUCGCGCGGCUAUAUUUUUGAGGUUUAAAGCACAGAAUGACCUUUCGUCCGUGUGAGUUCAUUCUUUGAUAAUAGGUUUAAAAAAAGAAAUUAUUUAGAUUUGUGUGUAUAGGUAUAGAGACGUACUCUUUUAUUUAAUAAAUGUAUUUUAAAACCGA